CUUCUCCGAAUAAUCUCCAUGGCGUGUGUUUCGAACGAAACCCAGAUCGAAAUUGAUGUCCACGACCUCGUGGAAACUCCAAUUCGCUACGAUUCUAUUGAGAGUAUGUACUCUGUUUCCUCGUCGGUAUUGUGCUGUGUUAAUGCCGUUGGUUCUCACAGUCUGAUGUCUAAGAAGGUUAAGGCCCAGAAGCUUCCGAUGAUUGAGCAAUUUGAGGUUGAAAGUAGCGAUGUGAGUGCUAGUGCCGAUUGUUGUCGUUCGGAUGAUUACAAGUUGCGGACUCAGCGUCCUGAGAUUGUUCGUGUCUACUAUCGUCGCCGUAAGAAGCCGCGACGGGAUUUUUUGCUAGAUCAGGCGGUGGCUGUGAAGACUGAAAGCGUGGAGCUUGAUGAAAUUGAUUGUUUUGAGGUGAAGAAGAAAAGGAAGAUUGGUAAUUCCGAGUUGGUGAAAUCGGGUAUGGAUUCUAUUGGUUUAAGAAGGUGUAAGGAUAACAAUGCGUUUAGUGGAAAUAAGCAAAAUGGAUCAUCUCGAAGGAAGGGGACUUCUAUCAAGAAUCAGGACAAGGUUUCUUUAGCUUCUCGUACAACUAAGAAAUGGGUCAGGUUGAGUUAUGAUGGUGUGGAUCCUACAAGUUUCAUAGGGCUGCAAUGCAAGGCAAGUGUUUUUUGGCCGCUGGACGCUCUUUGGUAUGAAGGUGCUAUUGUUGGAUAUAGUGCAGAGAGAAAGCGUCACACUGCUAAAUAUGGGGAUGGAUAUGAUGAGGAUAUAAUUCUUGAUCGUGAAAUGAUCAAAUUUUUGGUUUCUCGUGAAGAGAUGGAGCUGUUACAUCUGAAGUUGUGUACUAGUGAUGUAACUGUUGGUGGCCGUGAUUAUGAUGAGAUGGUUGUAUUGGCAGCUACUCUGGAGGGAUGUCAAGAUUUUGAGCCUGGAGACAUUGUAUGGGCGAAACUAGCUGGUCAUGCUAUGUGGCCAGCAGUUAUUGUAGAUGAAUCCGUUAUCGGAGAGCGGAAAGGUCUAAACAACAAGGUAUCUGGAGGAGGAUCACUCUUGGUCCAGUUUUUUGGCACUCAUGAUUUUGCUAGAAUAAAAGUAAAGCAAGCAAUCUCAUUUAUCAAAGGGCUUCUCUCGCCAUCUCACCUGAAGUGCAAACAACCGCGUUUUGAAGAGGGCAUGCAGGAAGCAAAAAUGCAAGUCACUCUCGCUUUUCUUUGGCAUUCUGCUUUCUUGAUUUUCCAGUAUCUGAAGGAACAUAGGCUUCCAGAAAGGAUGAGUCAACUUCAAAAAGGAGCUGAUGUUGAUUCUGAAAUCGCUAAUAGUACAGAAGAGGGAAACUUGGGUGGUGAUCUUUUUAAUGAUGGAGAAGUGUGGUUGAGACCAACAGAACAUGUAGACUUCCGUCAUACAAUAGGGGAUCUGCAAAUAAUAAAUCUUGGAAAGGUUGUGACAGACUCUCAGUUUUUCAAGGAUGAGAAUCAUAUUUGGCCUGAAGGGUAUACGGCUAUGAGAAAGUUCACAUCACUAAAAGAUCAUAGUGUGUCUGCUUUGUACAAGAUGGAAGUUCUCAGAGAUGCCGAGUCAAAGACUCGCCCUCUGUUUAGAGUGACUGCAGAUAGUGGAGAGCAGUUCAAAGGGCUUACUCCCUCGGCCUGCUGGAAUAAGAUAUAUAACAGGAUAAGAAAGGUCCAGAAUACUACUGAUGGUCCUAAUGUUUUGGGGGAGGAACUAAAUGGAUCUGGUACAGAUAUGUUUGGUCUUUCCAACCCGGAAGUCAUUAAACUUGUACAGGAUUUAUCAAAAUCCAGACCAUCGUCCAAUGUUUCCAUGUGCAAAUAUAGUUUGGGAAGGCAUCAAAGUCAGGCUACUGGUUAUCGACCUGUCCGUGUGGACUGGAAAGAUCUCGAUAAGUGCAAUGUCUGUUACAUGGAUGAGGAGUAUGAGAACAAUUUGUUCCUGCAGUGUGAUAAAUGUAGAAUGAUGGUCCAUGCUAAAUGCUAUGGAGAGCUAGAACCCUGUGAUGGUGCUUUGUGGUUAUGCAACUUAUGUCGUCCUGGCGCUCCUGAUGUACCUCCACGGUGUUGUCUUUGUCCUUUAGUAGGGGGUGCUAUGAAGCAGACAACUGAUGGGCGCUGGGCUCAUCUUGCUUGUGCUAUAUGGAUCCCAGAAACAUGUUUAUCUGAUGUCAAGAAGAUGGAACCGAUUGAUGGGGUGAAUAAAGUCAGUAAGUGUUCGAACAAUUCUUGUCGUGUGGCAUAUCAUCCACUCUGCGCGCGAGCUGCUGGUCUCUGUGUUGAGCUUGAGAAUGAGGAUAGACUUUUUCUUCAGUCAGUGGAGGAUGAAGAAGCAGAUCAGUGUAUCCGCAUGCUUUCAUUCUGCAAGAGGCAUCGACAAACAUCAACUGCCUGCCUAGGAUCAGAGAACAGGAUCAAAUCCGUUACUCAUAAAACUUCCGAGUAUCUCCCACCACCUAAUCCAUCUGGCUGUGCUCGGACUGAGCCUUAUAAUUGUUUUGGCAGAAGAGGGCGGAAGGAACCUGAAGCUCUUGCUGCUGCUUCUUCAAAGCGGUUAUUUGUUGAGAAUCAGCCAUAUGUUAUUGGUGGUUACUCUAAACUUGAGUUUUCAACUUAUGAAUGCAUUCACGGAUCCAAGGUGUCACAGAUGAAUACUCCAAGCAACAUUCUUUCUAUGGCUGAAAAAUAUAGAUACAUGAAGGAAACAUACAGGAAGAGAUUGGCAUUUGGGAAAUCAGGAAUUCAUGGUUUUGGCAUAUUCGCAAAACUUCCGCACAAGGCCGGAGAUAUGAUGAUUGAAUACACCGGAGAACUUGUUAGACCGUCUAUAGCUGACAAAAGAGAACGUCUUAUCUACAAUUCAAUGGUGGGUGCAGGGACUUACAUGUUUAGAAUUGAUGAUAAGCGAGUCAUAGAUGCUACAAGGGCAGGAAGCAUUGCCCACCUGAUUAAUCAUUCCUGUGUGCCUAAUUGCUAUUCAAGAGUCAUCACUGUUAAUGGAGAGGAACACAUUAUCAUUUUCGCAAAGAGGGAUAUCCCUAAGUGGGAAGAGCUGACCUAUGACUAUAGGUUCUUUUCAAUUGGUGAACGCCUUUCAUGUUCAUGUGGGUUCCAAGGGUGCCGAGGCAUGAGAGUAAUCUGCCUGUUCACGGUGAGGCUGCCGCAGAGAGUUUCUCGCGCUGAGUAUUUUUCUAGGCCAACAAUAUUUGAUGCUGAAAUGCUGCAGUUUAAUAAGCGUGAGAUAUCUUCAAUCCAAUCUCUAAUAUUUGAAAUGGGGAAGAAAUGGGUGAUGGGCAUGAUAUCACACUUGGAAGAUGGACAUUUCUACCUUGAAGACCUUUCAGACAGGGAUAAAACACCAAGGAUACAUUCUGAAAACGACUUCUUUGGAUGUGGCAGGCCAACUAAAGACGAGAUGCAGAAAAUAAAUAUGUUCUUUUUGCCUCUGAAUUCGGAUCACAACAUAUGGCUGGAUGAUGAAGAGAUUCUCGGGAAGCUGGAAACGGUUCUUGAUGGUUCUGAAAGUGUGGAGAUAGUGCCCACUUUGUGUGUUUUCAUGGGAAACUUCUGUUCUCGCCCAUGCAACUUAUUGUUUGGUUCUUAUUCAAGUCUAAGGAAGCAGUUUGGUAAACUUGGGCUAAAAGCAAACAGUCGGUUUUUAUUCAUUCCAGGUCCUGAUGACGCAGGUCCCUUGACAGUCUUGCCAAGAUGCGGUUUACCAGAGUAUUCAACCGAAGAGCUUCGAGAAGUUAUUCCCAAUGCGAUAUUUUCAAGCAAUCCUUGCAGAGUUAAGUUCUACAAUCAGGAGAUUGUGUUCUUCCAACAAGACCUUGUGUACCGGAUGAGCAGUUCAUGCUUAAUAAACCCUUCCUCAGAAGAAACUAACGACCCCUUCGAACACCUUGUCUCCACAUUAACUCAUCAGAGCCAUCUAUGUCCUCUACCUCUCUUGGUUCAACCAAUCAUUUGGAACUAUGAUCACUGUCUACGACUAUACCCAACUCCUCACACGACCAAUUCGUAUCUGCAACACAUAUGCAUCAACAGUGAAGGAACAUACAAGCAGAAGAUUUCAUACGAGAGCGAACUCAAAGAUCAUAUUGACAUUAUGUCUAACAUGCUAGACUACGGUUUCGUCCACGGUGUAGGUGGUGCGGGUUCCAAGAGCUACUACAUCAAGGUCCAAUGUCGGGGUGAUGCCUCUGAAUCCAAGUGCCGCUCUUGCCUCUUAACCGCCUUCUCUGGGAUUCUUAGGAGAUGUCCGAGCAACAGAGGGAGGAUAAUAUGGUACGACAACUGUUUUCUCUACAUUUCCGAGAUAUAUACCUUUCAGAAGGUCGAUUACAAGCACUAUUUGUAUUUGCACAAUGCCAAAGAUGUGAGCGGCAAUACAAAGUUGUUCAACAAGAACACAAGGGCUCUUCUAUAUAAGCUGAAGGAGAAAGCAACUCGUAAAGAACAAGAGCCUUACACAAGAGACUACAUGUAUGCGACGGGGGAGGAAAGUCUCGGGACGAUGAAAUUGUACGGAAUGAUGCAGUGUACACAAGACUUAUCGGUUAAAAAUUGCAGUGUGUGUUUGGAUUCGAUUAUUGCGAAGCUUCCCAGAUGUUGCAACGGUAAACAAGGAGGAAGAGUUUUGAAUCCGAGUUGUACUUUUAGAUAUGAGCUUUACCCUUUUGUAAAAGCAUAAAAGACCAUUUAAUGAGAGCUCCAAAUAUUUAGUUUUUGAUGUUCGAAUAAAGUCUUCUGAGUAAAACACAUUUUGAGAUUAUUUGCACUAGAUGUUAGUUAACCAGUGAAUAAAUAAUUAUAUCAUCA